AUGCAAAACUAUUACAGCUAUUUUGCUCAAAUCCAAUCACAACUUAAAGACAUACUAAUCAUUCCACAUUUCUCACAGGAUAACUUAGUUCUUGUUGACGUCAUCUCUUCAAAUAAAAUUGGACAAAUUGGAAUAAAUGGAAAUCACUCUGUUUUAUACCUUAACGGUAAUGAGAUAUCUAAUUUUGGCAACGAGUUAAUUGUUCAGGAAAUCAUGAACGUCUUCUCUAAACCAACACAUGUUAGUUGUUCAAUAACUAACCAGCCACAUUACGUAAUAAGUCAAGAUGAAGAUUAUGCAAAAAAUCAACAAGGAUUUAUCCCAGAAACAAGUCCAACUAUACCAAAAAUAACAAGUUCAACAAGGAUCGAAGGGUAUCAGUUAUCACCACAACCAAAUUUGUCUCUUUCGUUAUCACAACAAACAAAACCAUCUCAAGUUAGUCAGAAUAUGAGUCAAAUGACAACCCAACAAGAUUCUAGAUUAUGGACAGUUUCUUUAACUAGGAAAGAGAUGAAACCAGACGAAUGUGAAAAAUCAUCAUGUAUAAAAGAUCAACCACAGAUUCAAAACGUAACAAAAGAUCAACCACAGAUUCAAAACGUAACAAAAGAUAUAAAAACAAGUGUGUCAAAAGUUAAACAAACUCACGAUAUAGAACUUAAAUCAUCCACAAAUAAAAGAAAUAAAGAAAAAGCUGAUAGUGCCAACCAAUCUUCAUCAAGUCAUAGAAUUGAUAAUUCUAAUCAAUUGCAUAUUAGUGAUACAUGUGUAUGGAGUCUAAUAAAAUAA